AUGGAGCUGGUCGCCGGGGUCACAGUAAGUGGAUCGAGGACCACUUCUUCAAGCAGCAAAACCAAAACAAGCAAACCCGUGGAGGGGAAAAAUUUGGGUUGCGGGAACACAAAAAGACCAGCGAAGAGGAAGAGAGGGAGGGGCACCUCAGGCAGGCUGCCGGCAAGAAUUGGCAGUUCUCAAUUACAAAAUACCGUAAUUUUGCAAGAAACUGGUGACGACAAGACCACCGACCAUGAAGAGGGAGGGGGAAAGAAACAGCACUUCUCUGCAGCCAGCAUGCACCCCUCUCCAGGAAAGUUUCUUAAUGCAGUUCCCUCCCGGUAA